AUGCAUAUUAUGCUAAAGAGACAUAUUAAAGGGAUAUACAACAUAAAGAAUGUGUUUUUAAAAAACAAUAACUUGAUAAAUUCCACAAAAAUCUGCAAUAAUAUUUACUUUAAUGACCCCCCUUUAAACAUUGGUACAUAUUCGAAAAGCCAUGGUUUUUAUUUUUUUAAUGAAACUUUUAUAAAUUUAUUUACCAAAAAGAAGGACAAAGUUAUAUGUGAAAUGAGAAGAGACAGAGGUGGAACUGUCAGGAAGAAAUUGAGUAGGGAAAAAAAGAAAACCCAAAAAAAACAAAAAAAAGAAAAUACUAGAGAUAUACAUAAAUAA